UACGCUGACGCAUUAAAUAAAACAACAACAUGAUGAACAACGUUGUGUUUCGAGGAAAUUAAGUAAAGAUAUAGGUCUUGUUUGAAUUUAGCUACUGCUUUUCAGGUUCGGUGAUACCCCAAAGUAAUGACAGCGGUCGCAUUUUUUUUAAUACGUAAGAAAAUCUGAAACUCAAAUUUAAGAUUAAACAUAUCCGGAUAGAAACAGUUCGGAUAAAUUGUCGAGUCAUAAUUUAACUUUUGGAGAAUUUGGCAAACUUCAUAGCAGUUAGAGUCUGGAAGAAAAAAAUCUAUGAUCAUUUAAUCUUAGCAGUCUCUCUACUCUCCAGCAUUGAAGGUACUAAAGUGAUGUACAGCUUCUCAAAUAGGAGGGGGAGGGGUACACUGGCACGUACCAUAUACAACCGGGUGCUUGAAGAUGAACAGCACAGGCAUGAUAAUCACAGCUACUGGUAUUUUGUGAAGAGAUCAAACCUGCCUGCAGAUUUAUGUGACAGUUUCCUACAACUAGAUCAAGACAGUGAAACUAUGGAUUUCCUUGAGAACUGUUACGAGAAGUCUGACUGGGUGUUUAUGCAAAUAUACCACUCUGUAGCCAAGUCAUUACUCAGCUGGUUUAUGGAAAAUACAUCAAUAAAUGGGUGGUUGGGUAGAGGGUCCAUGUUUGUGUUUUCUAGGUCACAGUUUACACAGUUACUUGACAUUGAUGAGGACUGGAAAGAAGAAAGUUUGUUAGACUUGGGUGCUGGUGAUGGUGAGGUCACGAAAAUGAUGGCCCCAUAUUUCAACCACAUUUAUGCCACAGAAACAUCAAAACCAAUGGUUAAAAGGCUUAAUGAUAAAGGAUACCGAGUGCUUGAUGUGGAGUCGUGGGAUGACGGUUCAAUUUCCUUUGAUCUGGUCAGCUGUUUGAAUCUCUUAGAUCGCUGUGAUAAACCACUCAGUAUUUUACAUUCCAUAAAGAAAGUUCUGAAACCGGGAGGUCAUGUCAUUGUAGCUGUUGUGUUGCCAUUUGAACCCUAUGUUGAAUUUGGUCCUGAUAACAAACCAACAGAGAAAAUAGAACUGAAAGGUCACACAUUUGAGGAACAAUCUGUCAGUCUUGUGAGAGAUGUGUUUGAACCUGCUGGCUUUUCACUUGUCAGAUUUACACGUGUACCAUAUCUAUGCGAGGGAGACUUGGAAACUAGCUUUUAUGUGUUAGAUGAUGCUUUAUUCGUGUUGAAACUUAGUGAAAAAGGUUGAAUAUUUGACAGGUAAAAAAGGACGCUUUUCUUAGAGGAUACACAUGUACAUGAAAUUGAGUGGGAAUGUGAAAAUAUAUCUAAUGGUAUUGAAUGUUUGUUUUGUGGAUAUAUAAAGUGAGUUCUGUGGAUGUGUUAAUAUUUGGAGAGUGUUUA